GGGGACUAACGGACACCCCCCUCCCUCGUGCCGCGGGUCCGAGAGGCACGGGAUCUAGAGCUCCACCCCGGGGCGGGGCGCUCCUGAGGCUCCACCCUCUGAGACUGGGCUGCUUGCUCCGCCGCUGCAUCCCUGCACGUCGGACGAUGUAUCUCCGCAGGGCUGUAUCCAAGACUCUGGCGCUGCCCCUGAGGGCGCCCCCCGGCCCUGCGCCACUGGGGAAGGACGCAUCUCUUCGUCGAGUGUCAUCCAGCAAAUUCCCUGGAACAUCUGGGUCCAAUAUGAUUUAUUACCUGGUUGUAGGUGUGACAGUCAGUGCUGGUGGAUAUUAUACUUACAAGGCUGUCACAUCAAAGCAAGUCAGACAUACAGACCGUGUCACAGAUGUGAGAGAACAGACAAAAGUGGGUUUACAGCCACUUCCAGGCGAAAAGGAGCAUGUGGCCGAAGCUGGGAAAGCAUGUUCAGGAGUUGGAGAAAUUUCUGGAAAGGAAACUGAAUUGGUACUUGCAGAGGAAGUCCCAGAGGUGGCCACUGGGCCUCCAGAAGAGUCUCCCGCCUCGGUGGCCUCCCUGAUCCCUGGCGAGGCUGCCCUAGUGGAGACAUCCAUCUUGAGGGAGGAGCCUGAGCUGAAGAUCACGGAGGCUUCCCCGGGGGACACCACCGAGGGAGUCCCCGAACCCACUGCCCAGGUGGAGAUCGCAGCUUCGGAACCCACUGCCGAGGUGGAGAACACAGCUCCGGAACCCACUGCCGAGGUGGAGAACGCAACUUCCGAACCCACUGCCGAGGUGGAGAACGCAGCUCCGGAACCCACUGCCGAGGUGGAGAACGCAGCUCCGGAACCCACUGCCGAGGUGGAGAGCGCUGCAGCUCCGGACCAGGCUGAUUCCAGCGCUGAGGGUGAGGGUACCGCCGGGAAGCAGAGCUCCGAAGAGAGUGCUGAACUAGGAGAAAGCCCGCCCUUGGGUUCAGAACCCUCUGCCCAGUGUGAUUCACAAGAAGAAACCGAGGUCACAGCAGAGGUAGCCUCACCCCAAGGCUGAUCUGUACAAUUCCAUAGUUCCUUUUGUAUUUUUAGCAGCCUUAGACCUUCUUUCUAGAAUUUAAUAUACCUUAAAGAAUGUGGCUUUUACUAACAGAUGUUUGGGUUGGGAUUUGAUAUUUUACAUGUCUGAAUAGUUUUCUACCCUCUAAGAUCAGGCUGUGUAGAGAGCUUAAACAGUAUUAACUUUGGAUUUAAAUUUCCCUUUUUAGAAAUUGAGUUAUCUGUGCAACCUGUAUGUCUUUGAUUUCUGCUCUGCCUUUCUCUUUGUUAUAUGUAAGACUGGACAAUUGAGUUUGACGUGAACUCAUUUAAAUAAAAUUAGAAGAUCUUCA